AUGGCCUCGGAUGCGUUGGUGAACCUUCUUAGCAGGGCCAGGCUCGGCCAGUCGGAGGAUGAGGAUGAGAUCCUCAUCAUCGGGAUUGAUUUUGGGACAACCUUCUCUGGUGUCGCAUGGGCAACUGUGGACGACUUGGAGAGCGACGAAAUCCACUUGAUCACCACUUGGCCCGGUACCGGCCGCGAAGAGGGAAAAGUCCCCACUGAACUGUUCUACGAGGAUGGCAAAACAAUGUGGGGGUUUGAGGUACCACGAGAUGGUGACCCCGUCCGCUGGUUCAAGCUCCUUCUCCUCAAGAGCGAAGACAUCCCCUCGGAUCUGGUUGAAUCCGAGUUCCUUAUCCGGGCUCGAAAGAUGCUUCGAGAAAACGGCAAGACCGCCGUAGAUCUCAUCGCCGAUUACCUGCGGUGUAUCUGGGCCCACGCCAUGGCGUCCAUUGAGAAGGCCCGUGGAAAAUCCGUCGUGGAUGCCUAUCAAUUCCGCGUUGUCAUCACUGUGCCUGCCAUCUGGAAAGGCUAUGCCAGGCAAGGUAUGAAGGAUGCCGCCAGACAGGCCGGCAUCCUCGACUACCGAGCGGGAGGCGAGACGGAACUGGUCUUCGCGCCGGAGCCCGAAGCGGCUGCCCUCGCCACCCUUUGUGAAAAAGGCCGGAAACUGAACAAGGACGAGGUAUAUGUGGUCUGUGAUGCUGGUGGCGGCACCGUCGACUUGAUCAGCUACCAAGUCGCUAGCCUUGAUCCGAUACGCCUCGACGAAGCUGUCGAGGGCACAGGUGGCCUCUGCGGUGGCAUCUUUAUCGACGAGGCCUUCGAACGCAUUUGCAAGGCUCGCCUCGGCAGGCGGUGGGACCGUCUCAGCAAGGCGGGUAUCAAGGAGGUAAUGACGGGAGAGUGGGAACACUUUGUCAAACCGCAACUCAAGGCGGACCCAGCCAACGCCACGAAAGAAUACAUCAUCAGCAUUCCCGCAGAGGCCUUUGUCGACGCGGAACUUGAUGAUACUAGCCGAGAACCAUUCAUCAAGAACGGUCGCAUUCACUUCAAGGGGGACCACCUCGAACAAGCGUUUGUUGAAGUCCUGGGCGAGAUCGGGAGGCUCAUCGACGAGCAGAUCGAUAAGUCCACCGCGAAGGGAAAGAAGGUCAAGUCCGUUAUCCUCGUCGGUGGUUUGGGCGCGAGUCCAUUCUUGUACCAGUUUGUCGAGCAGCGAUACGCGAAAAAAGGAAUUAGCGUUUUGCAGUCCGGAGGCAUCAAGCCACGUACGGCGAUCUGCCGUGGAGCCAUCCUAAAGGGAAUCCUCAGCGGCGGGACAGGCAGCUCCAUCAAGGUCAACGGUUCCGCUUCCAUUGUCGCCGGGUCCAAAAUAUCUCGUGCCAGCUUUGGCGAUAUCUUCCGGACGCCGUGGAUUGAUGGCAUGUUCCCCAACGAAGACAAGGUGUGGUGCCCACUGGAGGAGCGCUACUUUGCCAAGAAUCGGAUGGAAUGGUACAUUGUCCGAGGAUCUUCUAUCGACGAGCAGGAACCAGUGCGCCACUCGUACUACCGCACCUACCAGGAGGACUUUGGCGGAAUCUUCUCCGUCGAUGUUCACCAGUGCGAGGAUGAACUGGCCCCGGACCGCGCAACGAAGACUGUGAAGCAUCUUUGUACGAUUGAUUGUGCUCUAGACACGCCGUUUUCGUCACUGCCCAAUCUGAAGUCGAGUAGCGGGAGGGUGUGCAAGAAGUUGGACUUUGAAAUUGAGGCGAUCCCGUCUGGUGCCUCGGUCGAGUUUAGUGUUUAUGUGAAUGGGAAGAGACUUGGCGCUCAAGAGGCAGAGAUUAAAUUCCAGUAG